CAGGAAGUUAAAAUGUAGGAAAACCAUGUCUCCAGCAUCUUCUAUCUAUUAUACUGUAUAGCUAUGACUUGACUUACUUCAUUUAACAUUCAUCACUCAGGAAAAGAUGUCAGAGCAGAACGGACAUUUAAUAACUGUAGGCAAUAACAAAAAUCAACAAUGUCGCCAGAUUUCAUAUUUGAAAAACAAUGUUGUAAACAUCAAGCUUUGUGAUUCAGAGGGGGAUGCAAACACGGGCGAUGACUGCCCUGAGUGUACAUCUUCCCCUACAUCUGCCCCUACAUCACCGUACCUACCAAGACAGAGCAUAACUAGUAUUAUAACAUCUGGUGACAGAGUAGGUGUCAGAAAUCCAGCAUUGUCUAAGAUCAGUGUGAGUAAUGAGGAGGUAGCAGCUAUAGAUAAUGGUAGCACAACCAAUAUGCCGCCCCCUCUACUAAGGCGAGCUGUUUCCCUAGAGAAAAGAACUGAUUCUGAUGUGAUUAGUUCUGUUGACCCAAGGAAAGCUAAAUCAGUGCCUGUAUCACCAGAUGUCUCCGUGCGUGGGGUGACAUUCAGUGAUGGUGUUACUGUGAAUGGGGGACCUGUUAAUGAGGCACAUAUACAAAGAGAAGCCUCACACAAUAGCAUGAGUGCACAUGACAGUUUCAGAGCUUCAACAUUCAUUAAACAAAAUUUUGAUUUUCUCGAUGAAGAAGAUGAUGAUGAUAUAAGCAGUAGGGAUGGAAUAAUUGAUGAUCUCCAUGGUCCUGAUAAAGAUGUGAAUGAAAUUAUACAUACCAACAGCACCAU